GUAUAUGGUGCGUAGCGAAAUUAAAACGCGUAAUACGUAAAUAUAAUGGAUUAUCCAGAGACUGGCGAGGUUUUAAAAGAUCAAACUCGAUGUGCUCAUCUUCGUGCACAAUUAAAGAUGUGUCUACUUAGAACAGACUGUUGCAAAAAAGAUAGACGUACGCCAAGAGAAUGCCUUAAAAGCAGAGAUCCAAGUGUGCCUGAAGAAUGUUAUUCCUUGUGGCACACAUUAUUUGAUUGCAAGCAUUCUAUGUUGGAUGCAAGAAGAAGAUUUCGAGGAAUAAAGGGUUAUUAAGUAAACAUUUACUUUUAGUACUUUCAUCUAAGUACGUGAAGUACGGUAUGAUUAUAUUUUGUUAUAAUAACUUUACUUGUAUAUAGUUUUGUAUAUGUGUACAGAUAUAAAUACACAUAUAUGUUAUUUAUUAGACAAGAAUUGUAUGAUAUCAGUAUCAAAAUUAAAAAAGCUCGAUAUCUUAUUAUUCGUUAGAAUGAAAUGAUAAGGAACAAAUGUGAAAGAAAAUGAAACAUAUUUUGGGAAUAAUGUUAGAAGUAAUUUAUUGUUAGCAUCUUUUUCAUCGUAUUCGUUGUACAUGAUAUAUAAUAAAUUUUAUCGUCAUUGAUCUUAUAA